CACCCCCCUUCCUUCCCCAUCUCCCGCCCAGCUCCCAGAGCCCACCAUGAAUCCGCAGGCAUUUUUGGGAUACAUUUGCCUGCUUUGCUUUUCCUUCGUGAGCCCAGCAAAAGGGGAUUUGCAGCCACUUUCUUUCCAGCCUGAGACCCUGUAUCAGUACCGCUAUUCCCUGGAUGUCCAGCUGGACCACGUGUCCACACCGUCCCCGCGGGGAGCCUGGCUGUGGGCUGAGGCAUUGGUCCAGCUGCAACAUCUCUGGAGGGACCCCGGCGGGGAAGAGCUGCUCCAGGUGCAGAUCCGCGACCUGAAAGCCCAACAUGAGCCAGAAGAGGAGAGGAGACAGGACGGCACUGGAGGUGCCCCUGUACAGAUUGCACUGAGCCAGGAGGCAUGGGCAGAGCUCCAGCAGCCGGUGUUCAUCUCCUGGAGCGGCGGGAAGGUCAAAGCCUUCUACGGGGACGAAGCGGAAAGCAUCCUGAUCUCAAACCUGAAGCGAGGCAUCGUCAGUCUGCUCCAGCUCCAGCCCCACGCUGGCACCGCAGUGGAGGAGGACGUCUCAGGGAGCUGCAAAGUCACAUAUGCCAUGUCCAACCAUUCCAUCACAAAGACAAAAGAUCUCCUCAGCUGCGCAAAGCCAAAGUCUGGAUUCGCCUCCAUAAACAAAAUUUUUGGAGUCGAGUGGCAGCCCACCAGCAAAAGCCAGUACAUGGUGAAGGACAACCUCCUCCAGUCGGUGCUGGCAGAGGAAAGCCACACAGUGUCUCCAGCCCUGAGGUCCACCACCGGCAUCAAAAUCAGUUCGAGGCAGCAGCUCCAGCUAGUGUCUCCUCCGAUGCCUGGCCCAGCAGAGGUGGCCGGCCAAAGCCUUGAGGAUGCGCUGGCUGGCAUGGAGGGACGGCACCAGCCCCUGGGCAUGGCCAGCCUGCCCUUCAGGAGGGUCUGCACCCACUGCCCAUCGCUGAGAGCCUACCUGAAGGCUUUUGACAGCCAGAGAGUCAAAACGGACACCUCCAAAGUGGUGACCACACGGCAGUUCCAGAGGUUCAUCCAGAUGCUGCGCAGCGCCAAGAAGAGAGAUGUUCUGCAGCUGCUGAGGAAAGCACCCGAGGAGAUGCUCCCUUUCGUUGUGGAGACAGCAGUGGCUGCACAGUCAGUGGCAUCCUUGGCUGCUCUCUCGGACUUUCUGGAUUUCAGCAAGGAGUCCAAAUCCCUGCUGGAGAAGUUUCUCUACGCAGCAGCUUUCUCUCCCCGGCCUUCAGGAGAGCUUCUCCACCUGGUGUUAGACAAGCUGGAUGGGAAGCAGCUCCCCCCCGAGGUCCAGGAGACAGGGAUAGUUGCCGUGGGCUCUCUGGUUGGCAAGCUAUGCCGGCAGAAGCUGUGUGGGCUGCAGGAGGUGGAGCGUGGGGUAGAAACCAUCCUCGCAGGGCUAAGAGGUGCCAAGGAGGAGUCCGAGGUGGUCAUUUACCUGCUGGCCUUGGGGAACGCAGCGCUCCCCAAAACCAUCCCCACUCUCCUUGACCACGCCGAGGAGGGUCCCACCGCCAUCACCACCGCAGCCGUAUCUGCCCUGCGGCAAUUCCCUGCUCGGCACAUCUCCAGCAAGGUGAAGCGAGCAAUGAGGAGGAUUUUCCAUGAGAAGAGGAAGAACUACGAGAAAACGUGUCGCCUGGCUGCUGCAGAAAUCCUCCUAGAUAACGAGCCCUCACCCAUGGAUGUCAUUAACAUCCUGCUGGCUGCCAAGGAGCUGGAGACAGAGACGGCAACGUUUCUGCUGCUGAAAGUCCAGAACAGCCUGCGUGCUGACCACCACCCAGCAAGGAAGAUAAUGAAAGACAUCAUGGGAGACCCACAGAUAAAUAAUUACAACUUCUUCUCGAAAGCCGGCAUCUCCUCUUCUUUCUCAGGACCUCUGACAGUCACCCAGGACCUGCUUUCCACCUUUGAGCUGGACCUGCUGUUUUUGGAGGGUGGAUUCCUGAGGAAGAGCAUCUCUGACUUCUCGCUGCUCAGCCAUGGCCAGCGGCUUCAUGCAGCUCAGGUCACUAUUGAAGCACAAGGGAUGGAGUCGAUGCUGGGAGAAAACGUCUUGGAAGGGGAAGAGGAGCCAGAGCUCAUGGCUGGGAUGUCUGCCAUCUUCUUCGAUGUUCAGUUGCGGCCAAUCGUCUUCUUUCGGGGAUAUACAGACUUAAUGGCCAAGGUCCUGUUAAGCAGCGGAGAACCCACAAGUGUGGUCAAAGGGAACCUCCUGCUGAUGGACCAUCACCAGGUCAUUCCUCUGCAGUCUGGUCUGCAAGUGGCCGUCAAACUCCAGGGUGGGCUGGGGCUCGACAUUUCAGCCGACAUGGACAUGAGCAUUUGGGAGCAGGAAUUGAAAACGAGCAUCAACACAAGGGGAAGUCUUGCCAUUGAUUUCCAGGCAGAACUAGAUGCCCCUUUCCUCCAAGCCACCCUGAGAAGCCAGACAGAGGUGGAGACCUCAAUCCACUUUGACACCGUCCUGAGGUUUUCCAGCAGCCCGGUGCUCAUGUGCCUGCAGCUGAGAGAAGAGCAGGUCCCGUACAGAGAAAUCUUCACAGUUUCCAAGUCUGCCGGGAGCCAGAGCAGCACUGCUCGAAAAGGCAGGCAGGGCACCGUGCCCGGGCGGGAGUUUGCCUUGCACCGGGCCAACUCCAAGGUCUGCAACCUCCUGCUGAUGGCAGAGGAAUAGGGGAGUCAGAGCACUUUGGGACUGGGUAACUGCCCCCUCUCCUGCCGCACACCCCAGUUCUCUGUGAACCCGACACAAGCUGUCAAGGACUCUGCCCAACUCCUCCACAACCAUCUUUUAAUAAGAAAAAUGCUGCAAUAGGGGCAUCAGAAGAGACCACGAGAGAAACUGCUGCAGGACAGCCAGAGGCACCCCUUGCUUGGGGCUGGAGGAGCCAAACCUGCCCUCCCCACCCCAAAGGCUGAGAUUUCCCCUGCCUGAACUCUUCCCCUUCGUGGGGAAGGGCUUGCUGGAAGCCAAACUUGUCCUUGUACAAAACAGCCUUCUUUUGCGAAUGAAUGAGUUUCUCAGAGCCCAAGAAACCCUUCUGCAAGCCUAUGCCCCAAAAUGACAUGUUUUCUCCCCAUUUAUCAAAGCAGUCAGGAGGGACCACAUCUGCAGCCAGUGGGGAGGAGGUUCCCCACGGAGGGAAUGAAUGACCCUCCUUUAAUGCACAGUUUUGUGGCUGCCAAAUUGUCCAGGAAUAUGGGAAAAAAUAUUUCUGGAGGAGGUGUGGGGUUUUUAAUUUUUUUUUUUUUUUUUUUAAUGCAACCAUGAAACAUUCACCCCAGAAUAAUCCUCAGGGAGAAAGGCAGAGAAGCAAGACAAAAUGCUUCAUAACCUGUUGCCAAUUAUUCUGUUGUUUCUGGAUUAAUUGAAGGUGUUUGCAUUUAUUUGCAUACGAAGGAAACUCAGCUCCCUCACAGCUCGGUGCCAUCCAAGUGCUCUUGGGGAGAAUUUGCACUCUGUUGCCAGGAAUUUGGCUGGUGCCACAUCAGGCAGCAAGGGUGAGGCCCUUAAAAUACAGCUUGUAUUUCAGUGGGGAUCAGAUUCACACUCGGAGCAAAAAAAAAAAAAAAAAUUAGCAAGGCAGAGGAAUGCAGCCCACAGAGCUUUCCCAAAAAUUGGGCAAAAGAAGGCAAAGUUAAAACAGAGCAAGGGAGAGUGUAGCAAAUUGCAAGAGACCCUUCUAAAGAGCAUGGACCAGCAGCCUCAAUCCUCAUCUUGAAACAGGGAGAACUGUCUUGAAGAUGCAGCUUUAAAAUGUGGAAAAAAUGCUGGGGACUCACCAGCUGCUGGGGGAGGCUGGAAGGAGAUGGGGGAACUAGGGCAAGAACUGGCUGAAGGAAAAAGGGAAGAGACAUCAGCAUCUCCAAGACAUUAAAGCAUCUCAUCGCAGCUCUGCGUAUCCCCUUGUGACGCUGAUCCUCAGUGACUGCUUCCUGCUCUAGUGUCUACACUUGAAUUUUUCCUCAUGUUUUCCCCUUUAAGAUGGGCAGGGCUGCAAGAAUCAUCCCAGGUCAUAGAAAUUUGUAAUUAAAAACCACAAGAGCACAAACAUUUUAGUGUUUGCAAAGAUGGGAUUAAAAAGGUGUUUUGAGAUUACCAGGGCUCCCAGCAUGGGAGUGAAGAUGCUGGAAGUAGAGAAACUACUAUUUUAACAGGGGUGGCAUGCAGAGCUGGAUCUGAAGUCAGGAAUGCUCAGCUGGGGAAACAGAUUAUUUCAAACCGUGGGCACAAGGUGCCAAGGUGUUUGGAAAGUUCUCCAUCCUUCGGGUAUGAUUUUUUUUAAUGAGUUAUUGGUGGUUCAGUCAAUCCUAUAGGGCAAAUACAGAUGCUGGUUGCCAUGGAGGGCAGGAGAUCAAUUUUGGCUGAUGUGGUCCUUUCUGGAUUUGAGAACCUAUCACAAGAGCUUGGACAAACAUUACAAAGCUGUUACUUCAGGUAUACAUCCUUCAGGGUGGACAUUAUUCAACCCAAACUGGAAAAGUUUAGUGGGAUCACAUCUCCAUCUCAUCCUCCUCCUCCUCUUUAUAGAAGCCAGCACAUACUAGAUGUGCCUUUUGCUGAUGCAUGCAGAUUCAAAACCCAUCUAUUGAGAGGUGACUUCUGCCUAGAGCCUCUUUUUGAUCCAAAGUCUUCCUUCUUGAUCCAAAGUUUACAUAUUAAUGGAGAAGCCUCUGCCCUCUCUUAUCACCUGAACAGCAGUUCCCCUUCUCUUUUAAUCAAGGCAGCAGAUGGAGAUAAGAUCGCCUCAACCCUACGUGCUGGAAGGCAGCGUUCCAGCAACAAAGAGAUACAGCAGCCUCCCUUUUCUGCUGAUAUUUGGGCUCUUUUGGUGACCAUUUGUGAAAAUUACAAUUAGCUUCAAGUAAAUAUUGUUAUUCUGUUUUGCAUUCUCCUCUUAAGUUGGAUUGUUAUCAGCCACAACCACCAAGCACCUCUCCAGCGCUGGAGGGAGGCUCACAAGGAAAAAAGCAGUAUUUCUUCAUUCCUUCCUGAUAAGAAUGUGCCUUUGAAAUAUUUUUAGCCCUUUUUUUUGUAUUAUAAAACCUGCUUUUUAGGAAAGAAGAGGGACAUGAAGCAUUUUUUUUUUUAUUAUGAGCCUGACAAUGUAGCACUGGGUCUCCUGGUUUGGGGGGAGGAAACUUGUCUGGGUUUCCAUCUGGAGAUGCUAAUUAUGAGUGCUUUGGUUAUGUACAGAAAUAAAUGACAUGCAUUUUUA